AUGAAUCUACUACUAUCGUGGUAUUGUGUCGUGGUGCUACUGUUGCUGGCCUAUGAAGCGAACGGCUUGAAGCGGCGUGCCGCCAUACGGUCAAAAUUUGUGGCCGUGGAACAACUACAGAAACGACUGGAAAAAAAGCCAUCUCACACCCUCAACAACCACCCCCUACACAUCAAUCCGGACUCGACAUUCUAUGGGGUUGGCAGCAGUGGAAAUUACGAUAGCAAUAAUAAUAAUAAUAACAAUAAUAAAAACAACAAACACAAUAACGAUCAAACAAAUAGCCAUGAUCAGAGUAUUGAAGAUCAGCAAAUCGAUUCAAUCGAAAAUUUGGUUGAUGCAGAUUUAAGACAACCGGCUGGCACUAACGACGAUAGUAAUAGCCAGCUGGCUGCAAGUGACUAUUCAUACGGAGACGUGCUGAGUGAUCCGGGGAUUUGGGAGGAGGCUGAGGCGGAAAUUGAGGCGAAUUUUGGCGCGGACGAAUUGGGCGCGGCGGCAAACUCGGAUUACUUGUAUGAGACGGAGGCGGUGGGCGCGGCUGGCACGAAUGAGGAGGCCGCGAGAUCCGAUGGAUCAAAAGAAUUUGCUGAGCCGUCAGAUUUUGGGGUUGAGUGGCCGCCAUCAGAUGAAUCUGGAGAGAAUUUUGCCCAAAUGGCAUUGGCACGAGCCGACGAACCUCAUCGAUCACCAGCACCAUUGCCCGGCAUACCAGGUUUAUCACCGAUAGCGUCGAAUGAACCUUUAGGCGAUGACCCAAAAGCUGGAGAAUUUGCACAGAGUCAAAAAUGGCGACGAGAGCCUUACCCGUGGUCAGACUUACGUUUCCCGGGACGGGAAUUCGCUUGGGAACCGCAUGAGAUGGCAGAUGUGGAUUACCCAGAACGUGGGCAACAGCAACAUUUGGGAAGGCAGCAUAAGUCGGUGGACGUGAGUGGAGCCGUUGACGAGAACGAGCACAAUCCGGGAAUGUUCGUUCGAGUCACCCAUAAAGCGUUCAAUUUCAUCGCGGUGGUACGUGGAAAAUUUUGGGAAUUUUUUCAAAUUCACCUGGAAAAAAGGAAAAAAUUCAGGGAAUUUUUUCAAAUUUCUGGAAAAUUUUUUGGAAAUUUCCAUAAAAAUUUGUAA